AUUUAAGAGUACUUUUGGCGUUGCUAUAAUUUGGUAAAGUGGUUGAUUGUAGAUGGCGGCGCGUGGGGGUGCACGAAACGUUUUCAGACGUCAAUUACCAAAUAGAGUUCCCUCCAUCUUUGUGGAGUCUAUUGAAGGAAGUGAGCCGCAAGAUUUGGCCCUGCGCGACUGCAGUAACAAUUUGUGGCACCUCAAGAUAGAAAAAUUUCACGAUGGUUGGUAUUUUACAGAUGGUUGGGUGAAAUUUGUAGAAGAUAACAUGAUUGAAAGGGGCGACGUGUUAUUCUACCAAUCCUCUUGUAAAGGUGUACUCGAUUUCAAAGUUCUGAGUCCCUCCCGUUGUGAAGAUGACGAAGUCGAGUGUCUCGAGGAGGUCCGAACCACCAAACCACAGGAUGUGAAAACGGAAGUGAAGAUCGAGGCUGCCGACGACAUUGAUAACAUACCUUCAAUAAAAUGGGAGGUUGGGGAGCCCGCCGGUGGUAGCGUGCUUGGAAAGAGGAAGAAGAAGCAGGAUUUCUACGGUGCCGAGAUUUUUAAAUCUGGGCGAGCCCGCCCGCCCACGAACCCUUACUUCGUGGCGGAUGUGAGAGAAAAGAGAGUCAAUGAGAUGUACAUUCCGGCGGAUGUGGUGAAGUCCUACAAGCUACAACUCCCGGAGACGAUGUUGCUCGUGGAUUCGGUAGGGAGAAAGUUCGAGACGAAGCGCACAUCGUGGAAGGAUGGUCGGGUGAACUACCAUGGAGGGUGGAAAGCCCUCUGCAGAUCGAAUUUGGCGGGAAUAGGGGACAAGCUCAUCUGCGAGUUCGUACAAGGCGGCGGCGGCAGCAGAGAAAGGGAGGAUCUGCACCUCAAGGCGGAAGGCGUGUAUUUUAUUACUCAAGAUCAUUGCAUACAAUAUCCCUCAACCACAUGGGAUAAUCACUCGUCCAAACCUUCCUAUGCUCAAUACUACGCACAUACUGUGUCAGGCUGUGCGCGGCCUCAUUCGUCGUGCGAUACAUGUGGAACACUCCCAGCAAACAAUUAUCUUUGGCCACCGUAAGGAUAUCGCAGAUGUCUUGAGAAAGGAAGUCUCUGUCAUCAUUUGGUCCAGCCAUGAUCCUAGCCACCAACAUUGAGUUAAUGAACACACUAAAAGGCGAUAAAUACAGCUCAACAUGAAGAAGAAUGCCGUGAACAACGGUCAUAACUUUUGACAUAAACGGAUUAGACGUCAGCUUUGUGCGCUUAGUCAUCGCUGCACAGAUCUUACUCUCGCCAUUUAGCAAUAAUCAUCUUUUCUAAUGUUGCAUUUUAUGGUAUAAGAUGCAAUCUUUUUUAACCGUCUUUCGAUUUUUUCCCACAUCGAGCUCGUAGUGAAUAUUCUCUAUCCCACAUCGAACUCAUACUCAAAAUGCUUAUUCUUUUUUAUCUAUAAAAGGGCUCUUGUUUUCUUUUCUUGGCACCAAAAUCUUCAUAAUUUAAGAGUACUAUUGGCGUUGCUAUAAUUUGGUAAAGUGGUUGAUUGUAGAUGGCGGCGCGUGGGGGUGCACGAAACAUUUUCAGACGUCAAUUACCAAAUGUAUUGUCCUCAUUCCUUCAAUUUUAACUUUUGCUUUUUACCAUGUUAGCAUUCUCCAUUUGUAUCAAUUUUCGUGCGCUCUUUUAUUGUAAUGGUUUCUUUUUUUUUCAAUUUACAGCAAUAAGGGACUUUUAUUUUGAA